AUGUCUGAAAAUGAACCAAUCAAGCUGAAGCUCCAGGGCACUCCUCGAGAAAUCGGACUACAGCAUGGUGGUGCACUGCGGGAACAAAUCCAUAGCCAAAUUUCUAUCUACGACCGCAUGUUCCAGCACACCUCAAAGCUAACCUGGAAAGAUGUGCGCGAAGUCGCAACUGAAUUUCAGCCCACGCUCCAGAACCUAACGCCUCAUUUGUUCACAGAGAUGGAGGGUAUUGCAGAGGGCGCCGGGCUAGAUAUUCUUGACAUAAUCGCACUCAACUGCCGAAGCGAGAUAGCGCUAGGAAGGUUCUCCGAUGGCUGUACGUCACUAUGCUGGAAGAAAAGCGAGGCAACACGAGUGCUCUCGCAGAAUUGGGAUUGGACAAAGACUGUCAAGAGGAAUCUAGCAAUGGUAUCAAUUGAGCAGGUUGGUAAACCUACCAUCUAUAUGAUUACCGAGGCAGGAAUCGUCGGCAAGGUUGGGUUCAAUACGAACGGUGUCGGAAUUUGCCUCAAUGCAAUCCGUGCCAAACCGAUGAUUAGUAACAAGGUCCCGAUUCACGUUGCGCUUCGGUUGUGUCUGGAGAGCAUUUCAGUUGACAACGCAGUGAAGACCCUGGAGUCUCUUGGCGGUGUCGCAUCUGCUCAACAUAUCCUAUGUGCAGAUAGUACCAAGGCUCUGGGACUUGAGCUAUCGCCGGUGGGAGACAAGCAUAUCCCUGAGGAUGCAUCGGGGAUUAUCGGCCAUACCAAUCACUUCCUUGAGAAUCGCUAUGUGAAUGAGCCACCGUGGCUGUCUGGGUCACCUAUCCGACUCAAGCGGCUGGGAGAGCUGACACAGGAAUUAAUUGAGGGCGGUGUUCAGGGCGAUGCGAUUACUCCUGCUUUGCUGCGAGAACGCAUCUUCUCUGAUACGUAUAACCAGCCUCAGUCCAUAUGUUGUCAAGAGGAUCCAUCGCGCGAUAUCUCGAAUAGGAGUAGUACUUUGUUCAACAUCGUUAUGAACUUGGAUCCAAGGAAUCUAGGAGCGGAGGUGGUCUUUGGUCGGGUGGGAUCUGGAGAGGAAGGGCCCGUGAUGAAGAUGCCUUGGUGA